CCGGGCCGGCGGGAGGCGCCGAGUGGCCUGCCCCGCGUUCUGCGCUGCGCUGCGCUUCGCCCGGUCGCCCCGCCGGCCGGAGCCCCUGCGCGCCAUGGGGCCGAGCGCGGCGCCGCGCACGGAGGUGUCGCCGGCCGAGCGCGCGCUGGUGCUGCUGUCGUGCGCGCUGUCGGGCGCGGGCGCGGCGCUGCUGGUGGGCACCCACGCGCUGUGGCCCGAGCUGCGCACCCGGCCGCGGCAGCUGCUGCUCUGCCUCUCGCUGGCCGACCUGCUCUCGGCCGCCGCCUACUUCUACGGCGCGCUGCGCGACUUCCAGGGCCCCUCGUGGGACUGCGUGGCGCAGGGCGCGCUCUCCGCCUUCGCCAACACCAGCGCCUUCUUCUGGACCAUGGCCGUGGCCCUCUACCUCUACCUCACCAUCGUGCGCGGCGCGCCCACCGGACGCGGCCUGCUCUGGGCCUGCCACCUCGUCAGUUGGGGAGUCCCUCUUGGUAUCACUGCGGCAGCUGUUGCCCUGAAGAAAAUUGGGUACGAUGCCUCCGACGUCUCUGUCGGCUGGUGCUGGAUCAACAUUGAGCUGAAGGAUCGGGUCCUUUGGAUGCUGCUAGCAGGGAAGCUGUGGGAGAUCCUGGCCUACUUGACCUUGCCCAUCUUCUACAUCCUCAUAAGGAAGCACAUCAACAGAGCGCACGCAGCACUCUCUGAAUACCGCCCCAUUUUGUCAAGCGCCCCGGCUUUCCAACCCAGGACCUCGAUAGCAGACAAGAAAUUAAUCCUGAUCCCGGUAAUAUUCAUCUUUCUGCGCAUCUGGAGCACCAUCCGAUUCGUGCUGACUCUCUGCGACUCGCCUUCAGUUCAGAACCCAGUACUGGUGGUCCUUCAUGGCAUCGGGAACACGUUCCAAGGAGGAGCCAACUGCAUUAUGUUUGUGUUUUGCACGCGGCUGGUCCGGGACAAGCUCUUUUCUUGCCUGUGCUGCAGGAGAUACAAUGACGUGGAUCCUCCUCCUCUUCCUAGCCCGGAGAGCCACUACCAGAGUCCUGUGGCAUUCCCCAAAGACUGGGAAACACAAGAUAGCAGGUACCAGAAAUGCCUUGAUAUGUCUACAGAGGGAGCUAGCUACCUCCGGAAAAAGCAGCAAGCUUUCAUAUUCUUCACAGAUGAAAACUCCCCUCUGGGAAUCCAGUCGGUCAGCGUGCUUUUUAUUUCUGAGGCUUCUUGGAAGAAGAUUAUUGUUCAGUUUCCAAUUUUAAUUAAAAGGGUUUGAGGGUUGUUGUUUUUUAAGAAACUUGGGGUGCAGGAGUUACAUUUUGGGGAAAGGCUUCUUAGGAUCAAACAGGGAAGCAGAAGGGCGACUUUUUAAAAUGAUCUUUAAGGGAUUCAGCAGUUCUAAAAUGGCAUUGUUUUGAGAAUUUUUAAACAUGCAGUAACUUCUUUAACGCUUUUGGGGUGUUCAGGAGAUGAAGCUUUCAUGAAAGGGCAGAUGGUGCUGUGGUCACAGGCCUGAACGCAGUGCCAACGAAUGAAGUGGUACAGCCCUCACACUGCAGGCCUGUACCACCUCAGGUAGUCAUGUGGGAGAGGUGGCAUAUUGGAAGGGCAUCCUAUGAAUCUGUUCUAAAGUUGAUCUUUGUACUGUAUGUGAAUAAAAAGAUAAGGGCUGCAUUGUGCAAAGGUUUGAACACUCCGGACUGUUUCUAACAAAAUAAACUAUUUAUGUGCAUGUA